UACUAUAUAUACAUUCUAGAUUCGGUUCACUAGCCAUGCUCGUCUGUCCGUAUGAACGCUGAGAUCCCGCAAACUAUAAAAGCACGAAAAUCGGGAUUAGGAAUGCAGAUUCUAGAGAUUCUUGUACACCUAAAAAUUAAUAUCAGCAGUGUGCCACGCCCACGUGAACCUGUCUAGCGACCACAUUUUUAAAGAUUUUGUAAAAGUGUCAAUGGGAUUAUGUUUUGAUUACACUGAUUAUAAUUACUCAUACUGGUUGCUUUGAUCCAAAGUGGCCAAAUGGAAUUGCACUGACCAAAAGUGCACCAUUUAAACCCUAGUACUAACGACUUUGCAAUCUUAUCUUUAUUUUCUUUGUAAGCCCUACGUAACUAAAGUCAUUUAUUGAUUCUACUAUUUAUUGACCAUAUUGUUUUUUGUGGUGAAAGCUCCCUAAUCAGAAUUCUUGUAGACAAUCAGAAGUGUCAGCUAAUUUAUUUCACAACAACUAGUCAUUUAGCUUGGUAUAUUCUUGAUCAGCAUCAUUAGACGAGUCGAUCUCGCCAUGUCCGUCUGUCCGUAUGUUUCUACGCAAACUAGUCGCUCAGUUUUAAAGCUAUCGGGCUGAAACUUUCCCAAAUUUUUUUUUUCUGUUGUAGGUUGUAUAUAAGUCGGAACGAACCGAACUGGACAACUAUAUACGAUAGCUCCCUUAGGAAUGAUCAAAAAAAUAUUUUUUAACAAAUUAAAAAAAAGUAUAGCUUAGGUGUUUUUGACUUAUUAAAUUCUUCUCUUGUAUAUAUAUUAUUCUUUUAAUAUUUAAGAAUUUCAAAUAAAAUUCAUCAUAUAUGUAGCUGCCAUAAGAACGAUCGGAUAAUUAAUGUCAAAAUAAUACAUAGACCGUUUUAUUUCGAUUUCGGUACAGUGCCUUUUUAUCCUGAGUGUCUUGACACCUGCGGUAAUACCUCAAAUACCACCAUUACCUUCAUGCCCCUGCUCGUUUUCCUCUGGAGAUGAAUGGAUGGCCGCAGAUUGCAGUAACAAUUCCGGCUUUGAUGUCAAGUGCUUGCCUUGGUUGCCUCGGCUUGAAUCCUUGUCUCUUGCCGGAACUGAACUUGCGGAAGUGCCAGAAGAACUUAAUUCGAAGGGGUUCGAGAACAUUACGCACCUGGACCUCUCAAAUAACAGAAUUUCCAAUCUGCCAAGCUGGAAGUUCGCUGCAAUGCCCCGCUUGCAGAGUCUGAAUUUAAGCCAUAAUCACAUCUGGAUACUUCCCAAUGAAGCGUGCCGAAUACCAUCCGUCGAUUUAAGUUACAACAAUCUGACCGAUAUGUCCAACCUGGUCAGCAUCUUCAAAACCAAAGCGAGGAUUACAGGCAACCCGAUUCGGUGUGCCUGCAAUUCGACCAUCGCAAGGAGAUUCUUUGCAAAGCCAACUAUCUCCAGCCUGGAAGCUAUCGAUUGCAUUAUGCCUGGCUUUGAGGUGGCCAAACCUCUUGCGACCCAGUGCAACCAGCAAUACAACGAAGAGCAGUUCCCAUCAAAUGGGAUAAUCCCCAUUUAUCUUUUCAUAUUUCUUUUCAUAUUUGCUGUGGGCAUCUUUUGGGUGUGUAAGAGAGACCGCAUUUCGGUUAGAAAUUUAUAUAGCCGUUAAAUGAGCGUGUUAUAUCAGUAUUUUUAAAAUAUUUAUUCCAUUGGUAUUUAUACAACGAAAGUAUUUCAUUAUCAUUUUUAAUAAAUUAAU